UGAUAUGUGAACUAAACACUACCCAAUAUGUUUCAUCCUGAAUCUAUUCUUCAAAAGCUAAAGGCUAUGUUUUUAUUAUAUAAUUUCUACCCUUAUAUGUAGUGAUGGAGCUACCACCACAUCAACCAAAACCAACCCCACGGCCACCAAUACCACCACCAUAUAUGCAGCAAGAAACACCAUAUGCACCUUCUUUGUAUCCCCUAGUCGGCAUACAAAAUUGUCUGCAACUGCAUUUCAGAAAGUCUCUACUCUCUUGUCUGCCACUUGCCGGGCUAUCACUUUUCUACCACUCUCCUUCCAUUUUGUCGAUCUUAAUUUGUUGAGGCAAGGCGAAGGAUUUUUCCUACACGUUUUCACCACUCCCUUAUCUAUCUUUUAAUUUGCAUUAGUUUCAUAACCUUCCGGAUUGUUCCUUUAUCACAGGCUACAUAAGGAAAAAGUCAGUAAGAGAAAAAAUAGUCAACAACCAGACUAUAAAUAUGGCCAAUUCCCGAGGAUUCAAUUCAAUCCCUUGAACACUUAACUACCUCUGCAUAGCCUUGAGGAUUCAAACUUAAACACACAUGUCGCUUUCCUGUGCCAAAAACUUCUUCCAGAGGUUCUGGCUAGAUGAAUACCAAAUGGGUAAUAUUCCCCAUGGAAGCUUUUUGGCCAAUGAUGAUCUCCUGCCAUCUCUUGGAGCCAGAAUUAACCAGGAAAUUAGACUUAGAAGAUACGUAAUCUCCCCUUUCAAUCCUCGCUAUAGGGCUUGGGAGUUGGUACUGGUUGUUUUAGUCAUAUACUCAGCUUGGAUUUGCCCAUUUGAGUUUGCCUUUCUGCCUAACAAGGAAAAUGCUCUCUUCAUCAUAGACAACAUUGUCAAUGGUUUCUUUGCAAUUGACAUAGUGUUGACAUUCUUUGUUGCAUACCUUGACCACCAUUCUUAUCUUCUUGUGGAUGAUCCGAAGAGGAUUGCAAUCAGGUACCUAUCUUCCUGGUUUGCUUUUGAUGUCUGCUCAACAAUACCGUUUCAGUCCUUCAGCUUCCUCUUCACGAAUGGUGGCAGUGAGCUUGGCUUCAAAGUUUUUAACAUGUUUCGGUUAUGGCGUUUGAGACGAGUCAGUUCUCUGUUUGCAAGGCUUGAAAAGGACAUUCGCUUCAAUUAUUUCUGGACUAGGUGCACAAAGCUCAUUGCUGUGACCUUGUUUGCUGUGCACUGUGCGGGAUGCUUUAACUAUCUCAUUGCAGAUAGGUACCCAGAUUCCAAAAGAACCUGGAUUGGUGCUGUGUACCCAAAUUUCAAAGAAGAAAGUCUUUGGGACAGAUAUGUCACAGCAAUAUACUGGUCGAUUGUCACUCUUACUACCACUGGUUAUGGGGAUUUACAUGCUGAGAACACAAGAGAGAUGCUGUUUGAUAUCGCUUACAUGCUGUUCAACCUGGGUUUAACAUCCUAUAUCAUUGGAAACAUGACUAACCUUGUAGUCCACUGGACCAGCCGUACCAGAAAUUUUAGAGACACAGUCAAAGCAGCUUCUGAAUUUGCAUCAAGAAAUCAUUUGCCCCAUCGCAUACAAGAUCAGAUGUUAUCACAUAUAUGUUUGAGGUUUAAAACCGAAGGACUGAAGCAACAAGAAACAUUGAAUGAUCUUCCAAAGGCAAUUCGUUCAAGCAUUGCACACCAUCUGUUUUUUCCUGUCGUGCAAAAGGUCUACCUUUUCCAAGGAGUCUCACAUGAUUUCCUUUUCCAACUGAUUUCAGAUAUGGAAGCUGAAUAUUUCCCACCCAAGGAAGAUGUCAUACUACAAAACGAGUCCUCCACGGAACUUUAUGUGCUGGUUUCAGGGGCAGUGGAUCUGGUUCGCUACAUCGAUGGGCAUGAUCAUGUAAAGUUGUUCAAGAUCAUGACAUUUUAUUCAGCUUCAAGAUAUGAAAUAACUGAAUAUAACUUUCUCUCUCUACAUAAAACAAUUCAGGUUCAUGGAAAGGCAGUUGCAGUUGAUGCGUUUGGAGAGAUUGGAGUUUUGUAUCAGAUACCCCAGCCUUUUACAGUUCGUACAACAGAACUUUCGCAGAUUUUAAGACUCAACAAAACAUCCUUAAUGAAUGUUUUACAAGCAAAUCCAGGAGACGCACAGAUUAUAAUGGAUAACCUUUUAAUGAGGUUGAAGGGGCGUGAAGAUUUUGGCUUUGAAUUUCUAUGCACAGAUUCUGGGCGGUUUCCAAAUGAACUGCUUCAAGGAGAUCAUACGAUACGAAGCUCUUCUCACGAGUGUACAAAUAGUUCACAUGAGCAUUCAUUAAUGGGUGAAGGAGAGUGCAUANAUAUUAGAAAGUCUGAGAUCAGUUUGCGUAAUGUGACUAAUGAUGACCAUUUAGUCACUAAACAUAGCGUGAUCCCCGAGCAUGAAACAAGAGAAGCUCGUGCCCCUGCACGCAAAGGGAAUCUAGAUGUUGUUGAAAUUCUGCUGGAAAGAGAAUCAAAUCCUAACGCAAAUUCCAUAGGGUGGACACAAAAUGCUCUAGCAAAACAGCCGAAAAACAAGAGCAUUUAUGAUCCAAAAAGGAGUCAUGAAAAGGAGAAGUUGGAUGAAUUUAGAAUAGAGAUAGAGGAGCCAGAAAUCCUCCUUGACAGGGAUAGCUCAACGAGCAACAGAAGACAUGGUGGGAUUAGAUCUAUCGAGUAUCCAAAAGAAAAAAUAAGCACAAACUCCAAUUCAAGAAAUUCUAACUGUCGUAUCAAAUCGGCAAGGCUUCCCAAGAAGAGAGUAACAAUCCAGUUGCUAGAUGGAUGCAGGAGUAGCUCACAGGGAAGCCACGGAAAAUUAAUAAUCCUGCCCGAUUCGUUAGAAGAACUGCUCAAAAUUGCAGGUGAAAAAUUUGGCGGCUUCAACCCUACGAAAGUAGUAAAUACAGAGAAUGCAGAGAUAGAUGACAUAAAUGUAAUCCGAGAUGGAGAUCGUCUCUUUCUUCUGUGCUGCGAUAACGAAAAUUUGUGUUCGUGAUGCUAUGAAGAUAGAUAACAUCUUUAGGAAAAUAAUGACAACAGUGUAAUCGAAUCAUAAAAUGCUAAGCAUUCAGAAAGAUAUGGAAAAUCAUACAAUUAAAUUACAAAAGCUGCUCGCUGUUCAGUAUUGUUUACUUAGAACAAAAUUUUACAAUCUAGUUCAGAUAGGGCAGGCUAUAAAUCCAACAAAAC